AAGGUAACAGCGAGGACAGUGAAGAGGUAAUUGUAACAAACAUAUAUAAUGUAUCCUUGACGCAAUGUAAACCCAUAUUAAUAGAGUUAAAUUUAAAUGGUGUUAAUUUAAAUAUGAUAUGUGAUACCGGCAGUGCGGUAUCGUGCAUAAGUAAGGAUUGUUAUGAGCUUUAUUUUCAAAGUUUAUUGUUGGAGCCGUGUAAUAUAAGAUUGAAAUACUAUACUGGUGAAGUUGUAUGUCCACUAGGGGUCAUAAGACCUACAGUUAAAUAUAGAAACAUGUGUAAAGUCUUAGAUUUGUAUGUAAUCGAUAAUGGAAAAACAAUGUUAUUGGGACGUCAAUAGAUGGCCGAAUUAAAAAUACAACCGUUUGUAAAUUACGAUGUUGCAAUUAAUUUUAACGAGUUUAAUUUAACUGAUUUCAGCGCCACUUAUGGUAACGUUUUCGCGGAGGGUUUGGGCCGCUUUACUGGCGGCAAAGUGAGCAUUCAUGUGCGGGAAGGCGCCCGGCCCGUGUUCCUGCGCGUGCGGCCGCUCGCCUUCGCGCUGCGCGAGAGGGUGGAGCGCGCGCUCGACCAGCUGGUGGCUGACGGCGUCCUGUCCCCGGUCGAGCGCUCAGACUGGGCGACCCCUAUAGUGCCCAUCGUCAAGAAGGACGGUAACAUUAGAAUUUGCGCUAAUUAUAAAUUAACAUUGAAUAAAGUGAUCGAGGUUGACCGUUAUCCUUUACCGAGGGUCAAAGAUUUAUUAAUUAAAUUAAAAGGGGGUGAGAGAUUUAGUAAAAUUGAUUUGUCGCAGGCCUAUGCACAAUUUGAGUUAGACGAUUCACGUAAAUAUACCGUUAUAAAUACUCAUAAGGGGUUGUUCAUGUAUAAUCGGUUAGUUUAUGGCCUCUCCUCGAGACCUGGAAUUUUUCAGAGGCAUUUAGAGCAGUUAUUCGUUGAUAUUCCUAGCGUAGGAGUAUUUUUAGAUGAUAUUAUUAUAACCGGUCCCUGUGAUGAAGAACACAUAAACAAUUUGCAUAAAGUAUUCGGUCGUUUACAAAAAUAUGGGCUUAAGGUUAGGAAGGACAAAUGCGUUUUCUUCUCUGAUACUGUUAAAUAUUUAGGUUACAUUAUUAGUAAAAACGGCGUUCACACUUGUCCGGAUAAAGUGCAGGCAAUUAUAAUUAUUUUAUUAAUAAUUAUUAAUAUUGUACCGCCAACUAACACGACGGAACUACGCUCGUUUAUUGGUAUGAUUCUGACAACGGACGCGAGCAGUGUAGGCAUCGGAGCAGUAAUUUCGCAUGUCACGGAGGGCGGCGAGCGGCCGAUCGCUUACGCGUCGCGCGCGCUGACCGCCGCUGAGCGAGACUACUCGCAAAUUGACAGGGAAGCACUCGCUAUUGUUUUUAGGAUUAGGAAGUUUCAUCAGUACUUGUAUGCGUUCAACAGCGCCAGGUUGGGCACGCGGGGGGUGUUCAACGUUGUUUCGCUGAAGGCGAAGAAGAAAUCGGCCGGGGAAGAGGAUACGAAAAGCGAUAUCGAAAAAGGGAACGAAUCUCAAAUGUCAGAAAAAGAUAAACAGAUAAUUGAGCCGGGCGAAGGUUCAAGUGAACCUUUAGCAUCAACUCCGCCAAAAGCUCCCAGCCCAAAGCGAAUUCGUAAACCAGUUAAGAGAUUUAUGUUGGAUAGUUAA